AUGUCCAACGUUUCGACGCCCACUCUUGGGCCGUACACACCGCAAACCCUCCCGCCCGUCUCGCCGUCCCCCCUCGGGACCAACCCCGCACAAGCAGCUCUCAACGACAACAUCCCCCCGCUCUCCCUCGAACUCCUAACCUCCCGCGAGGACAAAGCGGCCGCCCUCAAGCUAGUAGCCGACAGCAUCGCCCAGCAGCGCCAGCUCGCCGCCUUCCACCUCGUGUUCCACCCGCUGCCGCUCGCGGCCCUCCUCGCCGUGCUGGCGGGUAUCUACCGCUAUGCCUGGACGCAGAACUCGCAGCACGACCUCGGCACCACCCUCAUGCUGGCCAGCGGCGCCAUCAUGACCUACCUCACGGCCAUCCGCUUCGUCACCUCGGGCUACCUGCGCGCCGCCGAGGCGCUGUCCUGGGACUUCCUCACGGCCGGGCGCGACGGCGACGAGGAGGACCUAGUCUUCGGCACGCGGUACGGGCCCGACGUCGUCGGCGCGCUGGUCCUCCGGCUGGAGCGGCCGUCGCCCUCGUCGGACGGGAACAACGGCGGCGGCGGCGGGGGCGGCGGUGGCCGGCGAAAGGCGCACAGCAGGCAGAACAGCUUCAAGCUCAAGGGCGGGCGGGGCGUGAUCCGCGCCUGGACGACCAGGCUGCGGUACCGGGGCAAGGGCCUGGGCGGGGACCUGCUCCGCGAGGCGGUGCGUGUGGCACGAGAGCGGUGCGGCAAGGAUGCCGAGGUGGGAUUUGUGAAGGAGCAUGCCAACAGCAUCAUGGUGCUGCCGGAGAUGUUUAACAGCCCGUUUAGGAAGGGGGAGAUGCGGGCCGCGCGCGCGCUAGAGAGGGUGAUCGGAGAGCGGGACGGGCGGAGGAGGUAG